AUGGCCCCCUCCGCUGUUACCCCCCCUCAACGACACCAAAACCAACCGCAACAGGAUAUUGACCUGACGGCCGCCGCCCUCGAGCUCACGGAGGCCGCAUCGGCCAACGGCCACGGCAACGGCCACGACCAUGGCACCGGCGAGGCGCCCCUGGACGCGUCGCUGCUCACGCGGACGCUCACCAUGAAGCCCCGCGCCGUGCCGGUCGACGAGGCGGCCGCCCACGCCGGCGACGAGACGGUCGCGACGGACCACAUGGUGACGGCGGCGUGGCGGUCGGGAGCCGGCUGGGCGGCGCCGGAGCUCAAGCCGUACGGCCCGCUGAGCCUGAUGCCGACGGCGUCGGUGCUGCACUACGCGACCGAGUGCUUCGAGGGCCUCAAGGUCUUCCGCGGCUACGACGGCCGCCUGCGCAUCUUCCGCCCGGACCGCAACGCCGCCCGCAUGCGCAUGUCGGCCGCCCGCAUCUCGCUGCCCGUCUUUGACCCGGCCCAGCUUGAGCGCCUGAUGCUGGAGCUGCUCGCCGUCGACGGCCCGCGCUGGCUGCCGCGCGACCGGCCCGGCGCCUUCCUGUACCUGCGCCCGACGCUCAUCGGCACCCAGCCGCAGCUCGGCGUCCAGGUCUCGCGCCAGGCGCUGCUGUACGUGAUCCUGACCUUUAUGCCGCGCCUCGACGCCCCCGCCGGCGGCAUGCGCCUGCACACGUCGCCCGGCGACAUGGUGCGCGCCUGGGUCGGCGGCUUCGGCUACGCCAAGCUCGGCGCAAACUACGGCCCUUCGCUGCUCGCCACCCAGGACGCCCGCCGCCGCGGCUUCCACCAGAUCCUGUGGCUGUACGACCCGGCCGCCACCCGCGCCGAGUGCACCGAGGCUGGCGCCAGCAACUUCUUCGUCGUCUGGCGCCGGCCCGAGGACGGCCGCCGGGAGCUGCUGACGGCGCCGCUCGACGACAAGCUCAUCCUCGACGGCGUCACCCGCCGCAGCUGCCUCGACCUCGCCCGCCAGCGCCUGGCCGACGAGGACCUCGUCGUCACGGAGCGCAAGUACACCAUUGCCGAGCUGCUGUGCGCCGACGCCGAGGGCCGUAUCCUCGAGGCCUUUGCCGCGGGGACCGCUUACUUCAUCUGCCCCGUGUCGCUGAUCCACCACCGCGACCGUGACAUCCACAUCCCCAUCGGCCCCGGCGACGAGCUCGGCGACGUCACCGGCAAGCUCAAGCGCUGGAUCGGCGACAUCAUGUACGGCCGCGAGGACCACCCGUGGGGGGUCGUUAUUGAAGAAAAGGAGUAG